UAGUUGUACGCGCUACGUCAUUUCCCGGAUGUAAAACUAUCGCAACACGGAAGUGUCGGAAAGAAAACAAAUAAUCGUUCAAAUUUGUGUCGAGUUGAAGUCGGAGAAGACGCCCUACAGCAUCGUCUGCCUUCAGGAUUAUUGUCAUCUUACGUCGAACCCGAUAACACGAUGGAUUUCUUGUUUGGGAGAAGGAAAACUCCGGAGGAGAUGCUGAGGCAGAACCAGCGGGCGCUCAACAAAGCCAUGAGGGAACUGGACAGAGAGCGAAUGAAACUGGAGCAGCAGGAGAAGAAGAUCAUCGCUGACAUAAAGAAAAUGGCCAAACAGGGACAAAUGGACGCCGUCAAGAUCAUGGCCAAAGAUUUGGUUCGCACACGGCGCUACGUCAAGAAGUUCAUCAUGAUGAAAGCCAACAUUCAGGCUGUCAGUCUCAAGAUACAGACGCUCAAAUCAAACAACAGUAUGGCGCAGGCUAUGAAGGGCGUCACCAAGGCCAUGGCCACCAUGAACAGACAGCUGAAACUUCCUCAGAUUCAGAAGAUCAUGAUGGAGUUUGAAAAACAGAGUGAAAUCAUGGACAUGAAGGAGGAGAUGAUGAACGACGCCAUCGAUGAUGCCAUGGGCGAUGAGGAUGACGAAGAGGAGAGCGACGCCAUCGUGUCCCAAGUGCUUGACGAGCUGGGCCUCAAUCUGUCCGACGAACUGUCAAAUCUUCCAACGACAGGAGGAAGCUUGUCGGCAGCUGCAGGAAAGAAGGCCGAGCCUCAGGCUGCGCUGGCUGACGCAGACGCUGAUCUGGAGGAGCGGCUGAACAACCUCCGGAGAGAUUAAAGAAAACAGUGACUGUCAGACAAGUGCACUGUGGCGGGCGUUGUUAGUACGGAUACAAACAUACUCGAAUCUCUGUGUUUAGAUUCUUUUGACGGUAUAACUGGCAGAACACUAGCUGUUUGAUUAAAAACAGUUGGUGUUAUUCAGGUUUAUGGCUUUCUCUUUGAGGUGUUUUCAUUUUAUGCGUGUCUUAUGUAUUUUAUCAAAAAAAAACCUCCAGGAUCAUUAUUCAUUAUAGGUCCUCUGUAAGUCUCAUUUAAGACAUUGCCAAAUCAUACAAAUUCUUUAAAAUUGUCUGUGUAAAUACUAACUCCUGAACGCAUGGUGUUUUCACAAGUUAAAUUAACACUAAAAACAUUUAAAAAUACCCAAAUGAAAGUUGUUAACCUGACUGAAGUGGACAUUUUAUAAAGGUGUCAGUCCUUUUUCUACAUCAGGCUGGUUUGGCGUUAUUUAUAUCCACAUUAUCAUAUAAGAAAUAUAGUUUCAGCCGUGAUGUGCACUUUUUGAUGAGUUGUGAUUGUUUAUUUGCGGGAAUUGACGGUUGUCAUGGUCAAGCUGAAGAUGGUGUACAAAAAGUGUAUGAUCUCGACAUCUUUCUCUUUAAAUUCACUAACAGGAGAGGUUUGUUUUGCAAAAGUAUAUAAAGAGAAAGACAGAAUGGUGUGUCAGCUGACACUUCACCAGUGUAAAGGCACUCCUGUGAACCUCCUGGUAAAUGUUUGUGAGUGGUGUUUGAGAUCAGCAGGAUCUUCACCUAAAUAUUAAGGAGGAGUCAGGGGUGUUUAAUUUUGAAAAACUGUCCUGUUUUGCUUUUUCUUUAUUCAAUAAACAUUUUUUCAGAUUUAA